AUGCAGUCGUCAGGGAUAGACGGAUUCGUUUAUUGCUACGACAGCCUGUACAGUAUUGUCUUCUAUUGGGGCAUCACUACCUUUCGUUUGUAUAGUCACCAGAAUGGUGGACCCAAAUCAACCCCGCUGGGAGUCCUCUACGUGCUCGUUGUGCGUUUCGGUCUAAUCUUUGCCUUCCUGGCUGGAAUUUAUGUUAAGCUGACCGAUCCGCAAAUGUCGCAGGCGAUGUUUAGCCACUUGUCGCCGCUGGUCAAGAUCAUCUUUACGUGGGAGGCAAUCUCCUCUAUCAUCAUUUUCGUGGGCUACUGUAUUUCGAUGGACUCGCACCGCUCCCGUCAUAUUAAAUUGUUGAUCAGCAUGCAGCUGCUGGACACGGAGAUAUCGGCGAAGUUUGCACAUGUCCGCUGGCGCUAUAAUCGCAGUCGCUCCAAAUAUUUGUAUGGCACUUUGGGUAUUGCUUGUGCCUAUGGGCUCAUUUCACUGGCUCUCAUGUUUGACUCGACUCGCUGCGCCUGUGGCUAUGUGUCCACAAUACUGAUUGCCAGCGCUUACUCCGUGAUGACCACGACUGUCGGAGGGAUUGCAUUUAUACACAUUGCCCUCAUGGACUAUCUGCGCAUACGCUUUCGUCUAAUCAUUAAGCUGGUGGGUCAGCAGUAUCAGGCAGCUGGAAAAACAGCUGGAGUCGAUUCGAUUGAGCUUCAGCGGAACAUGGAUAAGCUUUUUCAGUUCUCUAAGCGCGGCUCUCAGCUCUUAAGGGAUGUGAAUGACGUGUUUGGCUCUGUGGCUGCCUUUGGAAUUUUCUACGACUUUACGCACAUGACCUGUUUUGUGUAUAUGCUUUGCCAGAAGGUGCUCGUCCAUGAGCCGUGGGAUACACAAUAUGCAUUCAUAUCACUGCAUCUGGUCACGUAUUUCUACAAGCUGAUAAUUACCAGCAUCUACGGCUAUUUGCUGCAACGUGAGGUAAGAAAUCCCCCUUGCAGAAGAUCCUUAUUGUAA